AUGGGCCGCGGCGGGGACGCUCUACCUCCUCCUAGGGCUGUGGGGAAUGUCCUCCUCAUCCGUGCCCUAGAGCAUAAGCUAGGUCACUUUCUUCCUGGAAUUCUUUUUCCCCCGCAACGGCUCUUUUCAAACUGCGCUCUCGCUUGGCUGAGAUUGAGAUGUGGGUUUUCUCCUAGCGCCUGGAUCAGCGCCAUGGGCUGGCUGUUUGGAUGCUUUGGAUGCGGCGGAGGGAGGAAGGAAAGAUUGCCAAGGCUCUGCUCACGGACUAGUCGCGGCCAUAAAUCCACACAGCAGCAUGCCCAGUCGUCACAGCUCACGCCCUCGUUUGCUACUGCUGCUGGAGGAAAUCCCUGGCUGAGAAGUGGUGAAUGCCUCAGUGUGGACAGCAAUGGACUCCAACACUUGCGUAUCAGAGAUCGCCCCUUGCAGAGUGUGCUGGAAGCUGAUCAAGCCAAGUUUUUGAAGGAAGAGUUUCGGUCGUGCGUCAUAUCCUUAGAAACUCCACAUGAACCUCUAAAGGUCUCUAAAGCUCCUCUGGAGGCACCAAGAUGGGAUUCGUCGCCGGAGGAUUCACCAGUAUCAACUUCCGCAAGCCUUCCGCCUCCGUCAAACAAUGUCGAAGCGGGGACAGUGCCAGAAGGGAUGAAGGACAAAAACACACAGGCUGCACUGGCCGCAGGCACGGCAGAACCAAACCCGAAGCCAGUGCCGGAACAGGUUUCGCUCGUCUGUCUUCCGAAAACGGCCGGAUUCUUCAUGCUUCCCAAGAAGAGAAGCUUUGCACACCGGUCAUUCAUGUGGCAAGAGCCACUUUCACCAGUUGCCGAAGCAGAGUCCAGCAUCUCUUCCGAAGAGGAAGGAAACGUUCCUUCACAGGCAAACGUGAGCAUCAAUUCCGACUGCAGCAGAAGAUCGCAGGCAGAGGCUCCGUCCUCCAGUGAAGUGCUUGAGGGGCUCAGGAGCGAAGGCAGCGACGUGGAAAUAACACCCGUUCGGUGCAUGUCACCCGUUGUGGAGAGGAAAACAGUCGAAGCUCGGAGUGAUGGAUCCAAGGACAAGGAAAAUAUAUUUGCAUGCAAAACCCCGAUGGAGGCGGAGAAGCGCCAGGAUCACCAAACUUCCGUGCUGACACCCGUUGGAAACGUACUGCAAUGGCGACAGCUGAAAGAAGAGGCAUGGCACAAGAACAAGCGGGUGGAAGAAAAGGAAGACGAUUUUCACGAAGACAAAGUAUCACCAACAACAAGCAGUGGAUCCAACGAGCUGGAGAUCGAAUCGGAGAACUACUCUUUCUUUUCGGAGCUGCAGUGGGGCUCCACGCAGAUCACUCCACAGCUGAGACCAACUUCGCGCUGGGAUGACGAGACAAGUUCGGCCGAGGCGGAGGCGGAGGCGGACGCAACUCCCAAACUCUGGGACGGGCAGGGAAUUCCAAACACCACCCGGAAAUACAAAGAGGAUCAGCGGGUCACCUGGCACUCUACACCGUUCGAGGUCCGAAUUGACAAAGCGUUAUCGUCGUCUCGACAGUUGCGAGCAACCGAUGCAGCGGGGGCUUCGAGGAGCACGCUGUUUUGAGCACGAACGCGAGUCCACCGUAGCAUUGCUGGUGACUAAACUAACAGUGACGAGCGCCACAACCACGGACGAGUUGAAGCUGAAAAGACAUUGCGGAAUCAUUGGAACAGCGCAAGUCUUAGAGGAGAUGUUUUGUUUGUGUCAAAUGCGUUACGUAAGGUGAGGUAGCGAUUCGAAGGGGAGGAGACGGACGAAUCAAUCAGGCAAGAAUUUGAUGUCUGGAUAUGCUUAGCUUAUCAAUGGCACUGAGAGGAAGGAGCA